UUGGUUGACGGACUCAACGUUGUUAUCAAACUUAAACGCAAAUCAAUUAGUGAUUUGAUCCUCGCGUUUGAUGUCAAACCUUUAGCCAACUUUUCGCUCACAGCUGUUCUCACGGCUUCUUCCGGCACUUCUGUUAAGGAAUUCACAAUUACUUAUACGACCAGUGAUUUCGAUAUAUUGGCCACAAAUAACGAUAUAAUCUAUGGAAUGGGAACCGAGAGUACGUGGAAAUCAUUGAACAGAGAUCUAAAUAUCGAUCUCCAAAAGGGUCUUAAUAUAGGAGAGAAGAAAUUGACGGUUAAGACACGAAACACACAAUUGAUUCGUUUGGUGAUGAAUGGGAAGGCAAUGAUAGAUAACAUUAGACUCAUUGCGUCAGCGCACGAGGCAUACGCUAAGACAGCCGGCGAUUGGUUUGUGGCCAAUCAGAAGCCUAACGGAGGCUUUAGUAUUGAUGUGAAUAGAAAGCUGUCAAACGGUGCGUUACAACUGAAGAGUGGUUGGUAUUCAGGAAUGGCCCAGGGUCAGGCCAUAUCUCUGCUCACACGACUCUACAAACACACUCUCGACCACAAGUACUUAUUGUGUGCCAAAAAUGCAUUAAAUUUGUUUGAUAUCGACUCCAAAGACAAUGGAUUUCGGACUAAAUUUAUGGAUAAAUAUGUUUGGUUUGAAGAAUACCCGACACUUCCCAGCAGUUAUGUAUUGAAUGGCUUCAUAUACUCCUUGUUUGGUCUCUACGACCUGUCAAUGAGCGGUAAUGAUAGCCAUUGUGUGAAAGCGGGUCUUCUCUAUCGACAGGGCGUUGACUCGUUGGAGAAGAUGUUACCCCUCUAUGACACUGGUUUCGGUUCUUUGUAUGAUUUGCGGCACUUAGGCUUAGGCUCUGCGCCCAACAGAGCGCGUUGGGACUAUCACUCCACUCAUAUCAAUCAACUUCUUUUCCUCAAUACCAUUGAGAAUAAACUCAUUUUCCAAACGACUGCCAAGCGAUGGAUUUCUUAUAUGAAGGGAUACAGAGCUCCGCAUAAUUAG